UUAGACCAAAUGCUACACUCCUAGAACGUCGCUGCACUGUCAUGUGGACGUGUCGAAAACGAAGGAAAGUAAACGGAUAUUGCAGCCGCGACAAUGUCGUCGCGCGACAGGACUAAUGAAUUUGUUAAAGCUGUUCGAACGAUGGAAGUCAGAACCGUUGCUCGGACAUCGGUUCUGCAAAAUCCUCGUCGGGCACGUCAAUUACACAGUUACUCGAAUUUCAUGAUGAACGCUAAGAGCAUUGGAAAAAAUAUAGCGAGCACAUAUGCUAAGUUAGAAAAACUUGCUCUAGUGGCAAAAAGGAAGUCUAUAUUCAAUGACAGACAAAUGGAAAUUGAAGAAUUAACAAACAUGAUAAAAACAGAUUUAAAAAGUUUGAAUCAUCAAAUAGGAAAACUACAAGAACUUAGUAAAAAGCAACGGGAAAAAUAUGGUGCAUCUCAAAGUCAUCACAUGGCUUCACAUUCAUCUUCAAUUGUUAUGGCCUUACAAUCAAAACUAGCAAACAUGUCAAAUCAUUUUAAAAGUGUUCUUGAAGUGAGAUCAGAGAAUAUGAGAGAAGAACAAAGUAGAAGACAACAAUUUACUCAAGGAACUGUAUCCACCAUGUUACCUCCAAGUGUAACUGGAAAACAAGGUUCAUUGUUGUUACAAGAAGAAAAUUCUCCUUCUUCUGUGGCUAUUGAUCUGGAGCCAGCAAUGGGGCAACUAGUAAUGCAACGUGCGAUACAAGAUGACACUGAUGCUUACCUUCAAUCAAGAGCAGAAACAAUGCAAAACAUAGAAUCAACUAUAGUUGAACUUGGAGGAAUUUUCCAACAAUUAGCACACAUGGUUAAAGAACAAGAAGAAAUGGUAGAAAGGAUAGAUAGCAAUAUAGAAGAUACAGAAUUAAAUGUAGAAGCUGCACAUGCAGAAAUUUUAAGAUAUUUCCAAUCCAUAACUAAUAACAGGUGGUUAAUGAUAAAGAUCUUCGCGGUUCUUAUAUUUUUCUUUAUAUUUUUUGUAGUAUUUUUGGCAUAAAAUAAUUGUUACAUUAUUAUUAUGCAUAUUUCUUUAUGUAACUGUGUAGUUGACCAUAUCCAUUACUUGUAAUAUAAGAUGAUCGAAGGACAAGCCGAAUUUUUAUAAAAUUACGACUCAUUAGCUAUAGAGUUAUGAUAUAAUCAUUGCAUUCCUCGACCUCUUUGUUGAAUUGUGAAUACUGUAAGUAUUAAUUAUUAAAUGAUCCAGCAAUGUAGACAAACAGCUACAUUGUUGUUUAUGAAAUGUAAAAAGGAAACUGUGGAUAAUAAAUGUAUAAUUUUGAA